CUUACGCUCUAUAUUUGGACAACUAUAUUCUAUCACACGUGCGAAUUGCUUGGUGUAAUAAAUAAUUUGUCCGCUUUGCAAGUCUCAUCAGCUAAAUUAAAUAAAAAUUCAUCAUGUCACUAAUGAGGAUAAGGAAGCCAAAAACCCGCAAGGGUAAACAGAUUUUGCUGGCGCGCGAGCCACAGCUAAUAGAGUCGACUCGAAAUAUGCUCUUUGUCGAUGGGCGCAAAUGCGGUGGAGAUGUAAAAUCAUGCAUGAAGGACUUGCAGCAGCUUCGCAAACCUCUGCUAAAAGUUUUAAAUCGAAAUAAUGAUAUCACGCCAUUCGAUGAUCCUUCCUCUUUAGAAUUCUUGACUAUGAAAAACGACUGUGCAUUAUUUGCAUUCGGUUCAACAUCUAAAAAAAGACCAAACAAUUUGGUGCUGGGACGCAUUUUCGAAAACGAAAUAUUGGAUAUGAUUGAAUUGGGUAUAAAACAUUACACUGCUAUGUCGGAAUUCAAAACCGAAAAAAUCGGCACAAAUGUCAAGCCAUGUCUUAUUUUUAAUGGCCCACGUUGGAAUCAAACUGAGGAACUGCGCCGUCUUCGAAAUUUACUUAUCGAUACAUUCCAUAAGGAUAAAGUAGAUGCUAUUCGUCUUCAAGGUAUUGAACAUGUAAUCAGCUUUACAUGCACCGAAGAUUUAGCCAUACUGAUGAGAUCUUAUAAGAUAAUGCUAAAAAAAUCCGGUCAAAGGACUCCACGCAUUGAGCUUGUAGAAAUUGGCCCUUCGGCCGAUUUCUCAAUUCGACGCACAAAAAUUGCUUCAGAGGAUCUGUAUAAGCAGGCAAGAAAACAACCAAAACAAUUGCAGCCAAAGAAGAAGAAGAAUGUCACCUAUGAUGAACUGGGAAAUACACAUGGACGUGUACAUUUGGGAAAACAGAAUGUGACGAAGAUACAGACGCGUCGUGUCAAGGGUUUGAAGAAAACGCCCGAAGAAAAACGCGAGAGUCGGCAGAAGAAGAAAGAACUAAUGAAAGCAGCUGCCCGAGAAUUAUUAAAAAGUACAGAAUAGUAAAAAUAAAUGUAAUUUGUUUGUGUUUACAUCAGUUUAAUUUGCUAGAUUUUAAUAAAAUAAUUAUAAAAUUGUA